CGGAAGCAGCCAACGCCCAGUUGACGCCAUCUUGUCAUUCUUGUUAUCAUCACUGAUAGCGUGAAAUUCGUUCACAACGCAUAUUUUUAUUUUUCAAUUUAAAGCUGUUUUACAGUGUUGUUUUACAUAAAUAUUUUUAAUUUAACUCACAACUAUGGAGUUAAAUAAAUUGAUUGCCGCCCGAGGCGUUGCUAAAGCAACAAUUACGAGGCUUUUUAAUCUCUGCCAAGAUGGGAUGGCACUGGAAAAAUUGAAACCCAUUUUAGACCAGAGUAGCGCAGAGGACAUCGCCAAGUACGAAGAGCUGUACUUGUCAACGCUGGCUAUAUUUGAAGAGGCCUUACUACCUCAGGCUUCAGGUAAAUGCAUGAGCAUGGUCUCCGGCGCUGCAUGCGAGGAUGGAAUUACUGGAAUGCACCGAUUACCACCCAUCAACAUAAAUAAAUUUAGCGGAGAGAACAACGAGCAGCAGCACUUGAGACUGUGGCAAACAGCGGCCAAGGUCAUGGGAGUGGUGCAGUGAACAGCAGCCGCGGAGCGAGCCUGGUAGCCAUCACAAACACACAACGAACACCACCUAGUAACUGCAGGUUCUGUAAUGCAAGGUACCACAAACUACAUAUGUGUGAAAGGUUCAAACUGGCCUCGCUAUCUGACCGUGUACAAUUUGUAACAACAAAUAAGCUGUGUCAACUUUGUUUAAACAAGCAUCCUAACAAGUGCAAAUUCAUUUUUAAAUGCUCAUUUUGUAAGGAAAAACACAACAGUUUACUACAUCAGGAUAAUCCAGAGAAAGUUAUCAAACAGGUAGCACUUUCCAUAAAUAAAUGUGAUGAUGUUUUGUUGCCAACUAUUAAAGUCAAAUUAAUUGAUAAAAAUGGCCACAAAUUUUAUGUCAAGGCGCUUUGUGACUCUGGUAGUCAACUUUCAUUUGUAUUAUCUGAUUUGACAGAUAAAAUUAAUUGCAAUUUAACUGAUGAGCAUAUGUCCAUCAGUGGGAUUUGUGAUGAUAAAAAUAAAAUAAACCAAAAAGCGUCGUUUCAAAUUUAUUCAAUUAAUAAUAAUAGCAAGUUGGAUAUAUCUUGUUGUGUCGUGCCAAAAAUAACCUGUGACUUACCACAGUUUAAAAUUGAUGCAAACAGCAUUAAUAUGCCCUCUCAUAUUAAAUUAGCAGACCCAGACUUUUAUAAGUGUGACAAAAUAAGCCUACUGUUAGGUUGUGAUUUGUUCUUUCAAAUCUUAUUGCGUGACAAGCUUCCGCUUACUGCUGGAUUGUGUUUGCAUAAUACACUCUUCGGCUAUGUUGUGGCUGGCAAGGUGUCGGAGAGCAGUGCUUCUUCUCUGUGCAGCAAUACAGUAAGUAUAAAUAAUGAUGAACAGGUAAUUCAAUCUAAAAAUGAAAAUGACAGUUUAGACAGUUUAGAAAUAAAUAUGCAGAAUUUUUGGAAAUGUGAACAAGUCUCUGAGAUCUACAAGGAAGCUGCUUCAGACCAAGAAUUAGCUGAAUCGAUUUUCACCGAGUCUAUGGUGCUAGAGGAUGGUAGAUUUCAGGUGGACUUGCCAUUGAAGCAAAAUUUAGAUCAAUUGAAGCUAGGAGAUUCACUUUCUCGUGCUAUUCAGCGUUUUCAUAACCUUGAAAAAAGAUUUGCUAAGGAUCCUGUUCUCUUUAAAAAGUACAAGGCUUUCAUUGAAGAAUAUUUGUCUUUAGGUCAUGCAGAAUAUGUCGACAUUGAAAUAUAUGAUUUAGAGAGUGGUCAAAUUUAUUUCUUACCCCAUCACCCCGUUAUGAAUGAAAAUAGUAGUACAACUAAGCUAAGGGUUGUUUUUGAUGGUUCGAUGUUCACCAAUUUGGGGAUUUCAUUAAAUGAUGUUUUAUUGAACGGUCCAUGCGUUCAAAAUGAGUUGUUUAACAUUCUAAUUUUGUUUAGAUUGCACAAGUAUGUUUUUGUCACUGACAUACAAAAAAUGUUUAGACAAGUGAAGCUUAACAAAGCUCACUGUCAAUUACAAAAUAUUUUAUGGAGGGAUUCGCCUCAAGAAGGCUUGAAAUGUAUACAAUUACAAACCGUAACCUACGGCUUGAAAAGCUCCACAUUUUUGGCAACAAGGUGUUUGGUAGAAUUGGCUCACAGAUAUAAGGAUUUGUAUCCAUUAGGGGCAUCUAUCUUAAUAAACAAUACAUACAUUGAUGAUGCUAAUGUAGGUAGCAAUGACAUUGAUUCAUUAAUUGAGAUGAAAAAACAAUUGAUAGAAUUGUUGAAACUUGGAGGGUUUACACUUCAUAAGUGGAGUUCAAAUGACAAAAAAGUAUUAAAUGACAUUCCUCCAGAAUCAAAACAAUUUACUGAGAUUGAUUUGUGUAAAGAUGAAAACCAGUGUGU